ACAAGAGUAACUCAAAUCACACACCUCAUACCAGCAAUACACCUACGAGUGGACAUGGCAACCGGGCUCUAUGAUGUUGUAGUCGUCGGUGGUGGGCCCGUCGGAUUGUCGGCCGCCUACGAGGUGGCUAAGACAGGUGCUAAAGUCGUGGUUCUCGAGCAGAAUAACUUCUUCAAUCAGGCCGGGAGCUCUGGUGACCUAGCUCGCAUGUUUCGAACUAUGUACACAGAGGAAUUUAUGGCGAAGUUGGCCAAGGAGGCCAUGGGCCUCUGGGAUGCUCUUGAGAAGGACGCCGGGACCUCACUGCGCUGGAUGAGCGGCCUCCUCAACUUUGGGGACAAGAACUUUGGCGGGGACACGCCAGAAGGGACGUUGAUGGGGCCAGUCAAAAACCUGAAGAAACUCGGCAUGCACUAUGAAGAAUUGACCGCAAAAGAAAUCCAAGCCCGGUAUCCGUUCAAGAACUUGCCAUCUGACUGGAUCGGUCUUUAUGCGCCUGACAAUGGCGUGAUCAACGUCCAGCUCCUCCUGAGGACUUUACUUAGCCUUGCCAAAGACUACGGAGCUGAGGCGAAACAGCACACACGCGUGAAAGAAAUUCGUAGCUCGGAAUUGGAUAACGAUAGCACCAUCUGGGAAGUACAAGCGAUCCGACACGAUAAGGACGAAAUUGUCUACAAAACCAGGAAGAUCGUCAUCGCAUCUGGCGCUUAUAUCAACCAUGUGCUGGAGCCAAGCUUUGGCAUCAGGCUCAAUCUCCUCAUCUGGGAGAUGGUGGCUAACUACUUCAACUGCAACGCCGGGCCUGAUGGAACCAUUUUUCCUAGUAUGUGGUUCCAGUUUGCACCCGACAAACAGCGUACCCCCGAAGAGAAGCCCAGGUCCCAGCUUUUCUACGGAAUUCCGACAGUACCCUGGGGUUCUCCUAACGUUACCCGUAUCGCAGUCGAUGCGGCUAAUCGGAUAAUCUCAGACCCUAAUGACAGGCUGACGAACGUCGUCGAUGCGGACGACAUUCGCGACACGCAGGACUUCGUUCGUGAGCACGUUGUCGGCGUCGAUGCGACAGUCCCCGCCUUCACGCUGACUUGCUUACAGACAAACGUCUAUGAUAAUAUGUUCGUCCUCGACUUUGUCCCCGAGAAGUACCUUCAUGGUGGUCCGAAGGACAGCGUGGUAGUUUUCACAGCUGGCUGGGCCAUGAAGUUCGUGCCCUUGCUGGGCAAAGCGCUAGCUGAAAUGGCUCUCAGCGGGCAGUCCGCCUAUGCACGUGAGGAGUUUGCAAUUACCCGCGAGAAUCCUAAGACGGGCGAAAGUAUAAUCGCCAAAAAGAACCAGGGCCAUGCUUCAAGCCUAAGUUCCUUUGCCUCCACGCAACAGGCAUCAGGCUCUUCCAUGAGACUUCGUCGAACAUGA